CAGCGCCUUCUCGGACUACUACAAUGAAACAUACCUGUCAGACUACUCACCCACCCUUAUAUCCAUGAUUGGCGUUUUGCAGGUGUUUCUGCUGUAUAUCUGGUUCUCUGGAGCUGUGUUCGACGCUCUGGCCCCGCGUCUUCUUGUACCUGGAAGCGGAAUCGUUGCCGUGUUCUCUAUAUUCAUGCUCUCGAUUACAAAGCCUCAGAAGAUAUGGGACCAAUAUCUGUGUCAAGGAGUCUUGUUCAAUGUCGGUGCAACGUUUGGAUUUUUCCCUUGGUUAGCCAUCAAUACACAUUGGUUCCGGCGUAAAAAUGCGUACACGACUGGGUGUGUCGCCACAGGAGCCAGCAUCGGCGGGAUUAUAAUCCCAAUCAUGAUGCAUCGGCUCCUCCCAAAGGUUGGCUUUGUGCAUAAUCCCACUAAGGACGCUCUUAAUACAGUCGACCACGCCUUGAAACCCCCGUCUGUUAGGCUCAAGCCGGUGCUACACAGACGGUAGGUAAAGUACAUGUUCGUGAAAAAUGGCAGGACACACACCGAGCAGGCCACUGGGAAGUCAGAGACAAAUGUCCGGCCGUAAGAACCACUGGCAAUCAAAUUAGCCCCAUAUGGGACCCC